AUGGCUUCUUCGGGUCUUGGGAGCUGCUGGCUCCUGGCCACAAUUCUGGGCACUUCGAUGCUGGCAGAGGCUUCUCCUGCUGGGGCUGUCACCGAAGUCUUCAACAGGACAAAGCCGUCUGGGGGCCUCUUUAUGGUCUUUGAGUUCUCGCUGAGCUUUAACGCUCAUGUGCUAUACCGGCGACGCUUUGGUGUUGAUCUGCCUGCCAGCUUUAGCUCUUGCGGAAGCUCCGGUUGCCCCAUUCUGGUGGACUUCCCUGGCUCAGGUGGCUCCAUCUUUUCGCAGCGUGGGUGGACGCAGUGGUAUGAUUACCAAGAUGAAGUGGAGGAAACUUUUGUGCUCGUAACCAUGGAGGGCUCUCCAGAUGCCGUGGUCCCCGACGACAUGAUAUUGCCAUGCACACCUGAAGAGACCCCUCAGGAGUGUGCAGACACGUCAAAAGCUGGGGAUGGCUUCACUUCCUGGAAUGUUUUGGGCUGGGGCACUCCAACAGAGUUAGAGACGGGUCCAAACAGCUCUCUUCUGUCGGCUUGCUUCCCAGAAGCAGUGAAGCCAUGGAACGCUUAUCAGUGCUUCGGGACCCAUCUGCUCAAUGAUGUUCAUGCCUGCCACAAGGUGACAGAGGAGCAUCAGAAGGAGUGGGCCUCCUACACGCAGAUACCUGGGAAUUGCAUCAGUGCAAGUGGGGCCAAUGACUGGGACUAUGUGAGGACGGUGCUCCAGGCUGUGACGCAGGGCGCUGUGUGCAAUGCUACGGUUCCCGGGGGCUGGUGCGGAGACAGGUCGAGGAUUUACUUCACCGGCCAGUCCAUGGGCGGCAUGUCUGCCUUGCAGUUUGCAACGCCGGACCCAUCCUCGAGGUACUUUCUGGGCAGCCUGGGGCCAGCGGCUAUUGCAGCUUGUAGCCCGGGCGGCUCUCGCAACAACGACCUGGAGCUGCAAGGCCAAGUGCCCACGCUUCUCAUUCAAGGGAGUCAAGAUCUGGUUGCUGUGCCAGUACCUUGGGCUGGGCACGACCGGAAUCUGGUGCGAAUUGCCAACAUGAAGGUGUUUCAAGCAAUGGUGACCAAUGACACCCUGGUGCAGCUUGCGCGUCAAUCUCUACCUGGAGACUUCCAGAAUCUCUCGCCAGAUGAUCUCCUGAUUCUGGCGGAUGUCCGCCAGGGUGGCGCGUUGCUUGCCGAGUACCUUCCUGAUUUGGCAGACAUUGCAGGCUUUCCAGAUCGGAAGGGGCGCAUGACCGGAAUCAGUGCAGGUGCUUACAUGUGGGAGCCCUUGCAGACUACCCUGCAGCGCGUGGUACAAACGGAUGUGCAGAUGUCGCAGCUGCGCUACUGGAACCCUCCAGACCCGUCGGGCCAAGCAGCAAGUAUCCAGCUCCAGUGCGCAGACGCUACAGCACAUGUACGCGUCUGUGUUUUUCAGGGAGGCCAUACAUAUCCAUUCCUGACUCCGGACGGCUUCGAGCACAACGCAAGCAAAGCAAAGGCCUUCCAUGAUCUUCUUUGGGUGGACUGGUUCAGGAACGGAACGUUGCAACGGCCUGGUGCCCUACAAUCUCCUAUAGAUUUGCCUGACGCUGGAGCGCUCUGGCGCACAGGCUUGACUAUGCUUGGUGGAAAUCUCUUAAUAUAA